AUGUCAACGUCGAAGCACCUCCACUGCGUCUUCGACAUCGAAGACGUGAAAGGAGUCCUCGUGCCACCGAAGGCCUUCAAGCCGGACGUCGUGGCGGACGCGCUCACCUACGAGGCUGCUGCAGGAGACGUCUUCCUAGCCACGUAUCCGAAGACCGGAGCGACAUGGACUCAGUACAUCAUCUGGACGCUACUUAACACGAACGACGACCUGCCAAGCUUCUUCGACAUCAUGAACAAACACAUUCCGUUCCUGGAGAUGGUCGGCAAAGACGUCAUCGAAGCCCUCCCACAGCCACGUCUUAUCAAACAUCACCUACCAUUUUCCCUCUCCCCCUACAAUCCCGAGGCAAAGUACGUCGUCAUAGUCCGCAACCCGUUCGACGUCGUGGUUUCCUAUUACCACCAUUACAAGGACAUGAAGUCUCUCAUGUGCGAGACUUCCAAGGACUUCACCUUUGAAGACUUCUUCGAAGUCUUCCUGGACGGGAAGGUCGCAUUCGGAGAUUACUUCGAUCACGUCCUGUCCUGGUACGACCACAGAAACGACUCUAAUGUCUUCUUCUUCUACUACGAAGACCUGAAGGAACGCCCUCGAGACAUCGUCCUCCAGCUUGCCGACUUCUUGAAUGCCGAGGAUGGCGAUGAGUUCCGAAGACAUCCGGGACUCUUAGAUGAAGUUGUGAGGAGGACAGCGUUUGAUAACAUGAAGGGGCGUAUCGUCAUUGAUCAGGAUGUCCAUGGUGUUGAGGCCGACGCCGAUAAGACUAACGCACCUUUGAGGAACUUUUUCCGCAAGGGAGUUAUCGGGGAUUGGAGGAAUUAUCUCAAUGCGGAACAGAAGAACAGGUUGAGGAAGAUAUAUGAGCGUCGAAUGGCUGGUACUGAGAUGCACAUGUUUUGGCAAAGGUAUCUCUGA